AAUGGAGUAAAAAAAAGAAGUGUUAUAUUAAAAAAUGAAAAGAAAAAACAGUAUGAUAAUAUGCAUAUUUUAACGAUUUAAUGAUUGCACAGCAAUAAUAAUUAAUUAUUGGAUUUUAAUUAUUAAUGCAUGAGUAAAAAAUUAUUGUUUAAGCAAACAAUAAUAAAUGAAACUUAAAAAAUGGUAUCGAUAAUUAAAAAUCAAUUAUUAAAACAUCUGUCAAGAUUUACUAAAAAUUUGUCUGUUGAUCAAAUAAAUCUCAGUACUCUAAGAGGUGAAGGUGAAUUAUCAAACUUAGAAUUAGAUGAAGCUGUUCUAACAGAUUUACUUGAAUUACCAUCAUGGUUAAAAUUAACAAAUGCUUGGUGUAAUAAAGUUAUAUUACGUAUUCAAUGGACCAAGCUCAAAAGUGUGCCUAUAUUUUUGCAUUUAGACGAAGUUCAAAUUGAAUUGGUAACGUGUGAAGAUUUACGAAGCCCAUCAUCACCAACAAAUGCAGCAUCAGCAUUACCAGGGGCAACAAAAUAUUCAUUUAUUCAUAAAGUUAUCGAUGGCAUCACUAUUGCUGUUAAUACAGUAUCAGUUAAACUUAAAAGUCCGGCAUUUAUCGCUUCAGUUCAAAUAUCGAGAAUAAUGGUGGAGUCUAAAUCACCGACUUGGCAGCGAUGUGAUUUAAGAAUGACGAGAGUUAAAGACCCUGAUAGAGGACAGUUGUUGAUAUUUAAAGAAUUAGAAUGGCAAACUGUUAGAAUAGAGGCCCAGAGUACUAUUGAUCAAAAUUUAACGCCGUUACGGUUGUUAACCAAUCAAGCGCGAUGUCGAAUUACUAUCAAAAAACGUCUGUCAGAUUGUUUUGUUAUGGGGUCACGAUUGGUAAUAAUUCUUGACGAUCUUCUAUGGGUAUUAACGGACUCUCAAUUAAAAGCCGCUUUACAUUUCAUCGAUUCUCUUGGAAGUCUUAUUGAGAAAGCCACGACUAUUGAAAGAAAAAUAAAAGCUGCAAGAAAACUCGAGGUUUUGCCUGAAUAUCAAGCACAAAUAUCACAGCAAUCAAGAUCAAAAGUACCCUGCAAUACAGCGAUAUCGAAAAUUUUUAUGCGUUACGAUGUAGUCGAAACUUCUUAUCACUUUUUAUCACAACGAAUUGAUUUGCAUCUUUGUGAUGAUCCCGGAGCCGGAAGAUCUUCGUAUCCAGAAUUAAAAGACGGUGGCGCUCUACAAAUAUCAUUAAUUAAAUUUCAAAUUGAUUAUUAUCCGUAUCAUCUCGCAAUGUCUGAUAGAAAACAUUGGGCUAAAUACCGAGAAAAUACGAUGCCGCAUUACCAGUGGCUGCAGCAAUCAUUUAAUUCAUUUCGCGGUCAAUUUAUGGACCUAAUUGACGUUGGUCAAAAGAUGUCGAGAAAAAAUAGCGGACCUGAUAACGAUGUAAGAAAUGAUGAUAAAUUAAAAAAUGAUCAACAAACGCCUUUACUAGGUCAUGAAAAAAAAUUACAAAAGCAAACUAGUACAGUUGGUACCGGGAACUCGAUUAAAAAUUAUGUAUUGGAACAAUUGUCCACACUUAUGACUACGUGUAUUGUCAUAAGAAUUUAUGACCUGACUAUUUACAAAGUUACGACUACGACCAGAAAGCCGAUUACUAAAGAAUUCUUGACAGCGCAAACGAGGAAAAAACAUCCUACAGGUGAUCGUGAGAAAUUUUCUUUACCUGAAGACGUUACUAUUUUACACGCGGAAUUUACUUAUUACUAUUAUCCUGGGGACUUAAUAUUUCCAUUGCCACCGCCAAAGUUUUACGUUCAAGUAAAUCCAAUUCAAAUAAAUUACGAUAUCUACAGCUGCCUAUGGUUCAAUUCAUUCUUAUUAAAUUUAUACAAAUCAUUGGCGUCAAGUGAAAAUAAAGCUAAUGCUGUUAAUGACAUGUACUUUGAUGUUAAGUUAGAAGCUAUAUUACCUCGGAUAAUUGUCGAGUCACAAAAUGACUAUCCUAAUCAACGUGAUCGCCCUAAAUCACUUAAUAUUCAAACAUCACGUGUUACAUUAACAAAUGUACGGUCUACUGACAGUAAAUCAUCACGCGCUGACUUGGCCGAGUGUUUGAAUGCUUUACAAAUGGGACAAAUGUUUUUUUCAUCAAGUUUUCCGAGUAAUAAUAACGACUACAAUAUCGUUACCGACAAAUUUUUACGUCAUUGUGCCGGUUCAGACAACGUCAGAUCCUACCCGUCAAAUUUCACAAUAAAUUCAAUUGAUGACAUAAUCGGAAAGUUGAGUAAAAAAUUACUAUGGCUUGAAUGUAAAGACAUAUGGUGUUUAAAUUUAGAGCCCGUAUGGGCAGACUUUUACGGCGUUCGUGCCGUAGGCAUGAAUCGUCCGGUUCCGUUAUUGGAUGCGUUUCCUUUGACAGUAUGGUUACACAUUGAAGAUAACAACAACUCAGCAGCGCCUACAACAACAACAAAUAAAAAUAAUGACAGCAAAGUAGGAGAAAAAAUAAUAAAAAAUGCUGAUGUACAUAUUCUCGCGCAUAUAAGUAAUUUAAUAAGCGUCCAGUUAAAUCAUUAUCAAUAUUUAUUUUUAUUAAGACAAUUAGAAAUAGUCACCGAAAUGAGUACCUAUUUAGUCGUUGAUACAAAUCGUAUAACAAACGUAACAACCGGUUCUUCACUCGUUAUCGGUGCGCUGAUACCACAAUUAGAAGUAACUCUGAUUAUGCCAUCCCAAACUCCGGGGAAAGAAAAUUCUGGUGGUGAUUUAGAGUCCGUUGUGCCAGACUCUUCUAGUAUUGCUGAAGAAUUAUUACCGAUAUCGUUGACGAACCAAUCAGUUGCCACAAGACUGGAGUUUGGAUUGAAACGUUUCAACACAAGCAAUGACGUAGAAACGCCGCAGAGCGAAGUGUCGUCAAUGAUCGGGUCUAUCGAUACCGGUCACCCCACAGUAACAUUCAAGGCAGCUGACAAAAAUUACAACAAAGACACCAGCAAUUACCACCAGCGGCAAAAUUCCGAAGAUUUAGAAGCUAGAAAAUAUUUAAAAUAUUCAAAAGAUCCCGCGCAGUCGGCGUUUAUACAAAAUAAUUUUAAUGUUGGUCUUUCCAGUAUGAAAAAGGGCUUUGCUAAUCUAAUGACUUCCAUUGAUUCGGCUUUGAAGGCAUCGCCCGAAGACGGCAGCAGUGACACUGUAUCUAUGCGAAGUGAUAUUAGUUCAGACAGUGAGAACUAUAUUGUCGUCACGCUUGAAGAGCAGGAAAAAUCAGAUUCACUGUUCGGUAAUUUAAAUGUAACGAAUAUAGCGGCUGUUGAAGAGGCCAGCGAAGUUAUUGAAGAGACUCCAGAUACGCAGAGUGAGAAAUCUCUCGAUAGCGCAUGCAAGCGCAAGGAUUUAGUUUCCAUGGUUACGUUUAAGCUGUCAAAAGUUGAAGUGAUUCAGCAGUCGAAAGGUUUUUCCUCGGCGAUUAAACUACAGGUCGCUAAAAUAAUGAGCGAAGAAUGCACGUCGAUACCUUGGGAUGAAUUGCAAACAAAAUUCAGCUCAAGAUCACGCGGGUGGUCUGAGUUACAAUCCGAUGACUGCAAAAUAUCUGUCAAAUUACGUCUCGAGCAUGAUCUAAAAAAACAAUAUAGUAAUUUAAAUGAUAAUUUGAAUAGUAAAAAUAAUAAAAUAUCAACUCUGUUUGAUGAUAAAAUUACGGGUGAAAUAAAUGAUAUUAAUUUAGUAUUAUCCAUGAGUACAGUUAAUGGACUAAUGGAUUUAUUAGAAGACGAAAUAUUACCUGACUACUUACCUAUUAAUUUAUUGUUAAAUAAUAUUUGUAUUAAACUUAUUGAAGAUCGUCCGUCUAAUAAUAUUACGUCGCCUGGUCCGAUUCCUAUUGAUUUAGUCGUCCAGCAAUUGAAGGUAGCUCGUGAUAAAAAUGGAAUUAUAAAUAUUGAAUCGUUUAAAAAUAAUAUAGAUAAUAAUGCCCCGACCCAAGUAAACUCUUCAACGGAUAGUGAGUUAUUAAAACUUAAACAAUUAAAUAAACAAAUUAAAAAUGAUAACGAUGAAUUGAAGCGACGACUAGUUGCGCUCGAUUAUUUGUCGGAGGAAAAUUUACGAUUGAAACGUAAUAAAGAUGAACUACAUUUAGUUAAACUACAGUUAAAUGAAGCUCAGGAAUUAAUAAAAGAAUUGAUUAAGGAGAAAAAUAUGUUGAAAGAAAAUAAUUUGUUGUUACAAACCCAGUCCAAGAGGUCUAAUGAUUCUUCUAGUAGUGGAAGGGCCUCGUGGUCUAUUAAGAGAUAG